AUUGUCUCUUCUCGCGUCAGAAUUGAAGAAUUUCAUGGUGUUGUGGGUGACACAUAUACGUAGAAAAUUUUUAGUUUAAGACCACAUUGGCACCAACUGCGGGGAAAUGGAAUCAAUGGAAUAUGAGCUCGCUAGAAAUCUUACUCUAUUGUUUUUCGUGGAGCGCCUACUCGAUAAAGGCGAGCCGAGAACGUUGCACGAUCUUUCCUGCCAGUUCGGUGCCAAGGGUUUCACGAAGGAGAUGCGUCAGAUCGCUGGCGGGUCGCAGUCGGGCCUCAAGAAAUUUCUAGCCCAAUAUCCCGCGUUGUUCAACAUAGACGGGGACUAUGUUGAUAUCAACACGUUUCAAAGGCACCUGAGCGGCGCUGGCGCCUCCUCCAACACCGACUACAUCGAAGAAGCCAAGGAGUACUUCGCGGGCAAGAUGAUCCAGUACGGUGACGGGACCGAGGUUCCCAUCAAAAGUCUCCUGGGACACCGCAGCCAGGCGUCCCCACAGGUACGACACAUUUCGGGUCAACGCAUUAAAGAGUUUAAAGAUUUUCUUUUGAAGCACCCGGACACGUUUCAAAUCGUCGACGAUAAUGUUAUUCUAGUCAGUGAGAAUCAUAGAAGAGAUAAUGCUCACGGCAAUGCAGAGCAUUUCCAUAAUUUACCUGUAGCUAACAUAAACACAGACACUGCCCAACAAUUGUUAGAUUAUGUUGCGCAGUGCAUUGAAGCAAAAGGUCCUGUUAUGGUGGAUCAACUGUUUCACUUGAUUGUGUCCCGCUUCCCUCAGGAAUACUGGUACCAGAUGUUCAAAACGCCAGCAGACUUGAGUGCAUUUUUAAAAAUAUUUUCGGACAGCUUUCACGUGCAAUCUAAUCUUGUAACACUCAUUAGCAAACCAAAAAUACCUGUAAUGUAUUUAAAUGCAAAAACGAAAGUUAAGACUGACCCACCAAAGCAAAUUGUUGAAGAGAAACCUGUCUCCCCAGCUCCACCUGUGGCGGUGAGUCCGAUUCCAUCAGAUGGCAUGAGAAGCCCUGCACAUAGGAUCCUCAGUCCCGUAGAAUCUCCUCGUGUUCAACAAACACACAUAGGAAACCAAUCACUCAAACAGAGGAUAAAUUCUCUCGUCAUAAAGAAUUUAGCUGAAAAUAUGGUUAGGGAUAGGGUCAACAACCAUUUAAAUGCUCGUGCCUCAGAAGAGACCAAUGGUAUGGCGAGUUUAAGAAACAAUAUGAUGGGUGAGGCUUGGCGGCAAAAAGUGUUACAAAGUGCCACAGUCAUAGCUAACAUUAGAGAAUGUUCUUCAAUUGUCGACAGUAUUAUGAAUAACAAACGUACAACGAAGAACAUUGUCUCCUUUGACUGUGAAGGUAUAAAUCUGGGAUUAAAAGGUACACUGACACUGUGUCAAAUUGCAACAAUGAAUGGUGAAGUUUAUAUACUUGACAUUAUGGCAUGUCCGGGUAUGGUAAUAGAAGGAAAAAUAAAAGAGUUGUUAGAGAGUGAAAAUGUUAUUAAAAUUAUUCAUGAUUGCCGAAAUGACUCUGUCAAUUUGUAUAAUCAGUUUGAGAUUACUUUGAAAAAUGUGUUUGAUACCCAGGCGGCUCACGCAGUGUUACAGUUGCAACAACAGUGCGUACCAGUGUACAAAGUUAAGAAUCUUAGUCUUAAUGCAUUAUGUGAGUUGUACAAUGCUCCCAUGAAUCCAAUGAAGGAACAGUUAAAAAAUGUCUAUCGUAGGGACCAACGUUAUUGGGCGAGAAGACCAUUAACAAAAGAUAUGAUUAUUUAUUCCGCUUCAGAUGUACUUUCACUUGUGAAUCCUGCAAUAUAUGCUUAUAUGUCAAGUAACAUUAAACCUGAGAAUCAACAACUUUUUGAGGAGUUAUCAAAUGAACAAGUCUUUAUGCAUAUUCAACCCACAGAAGUAAAGUUAAGAAAGAGGCAAAGAAAAAUUAAUACUGAAGUUGGUGAAUUAAAACUAAAGUUGGCCGAGUCAACUAAGAAUAUUGUUUUGAGUAACAGGGAAAUUAGACUGCUGAGAUAUUUGGAACUUACCGAAGAUGAAAAGGAAAAGCUAAAAGGUUGUCACAAGAUUUCCAAAAAACUUGAAAAACUUGAAGCUAUGGGCCAAGAUAAGGACAGUGACUCUGAUGAGGACGAAAGGGAAAAUGAGAUGGCCAGCUUAGAAUCGAACCCUUCAGAUUCCAUAUCAUCACCGCACUCCACACAGCCUCCAAGCCUCACAGAAUCAAUGCAGAUGAUGGACGAGAUAUUGUCUGACACAAAUAUGGACAAAGUGGAGAAGAUCAACCGUUUGGAAGCUAUUCUUUCGGCGGUGGCUCCUCUAAGUGGCGAACUUGAAGACAAAUUCUCACAGACAAUGGAACAAACCAUACCGCUGCUUAAAAAAAAGGAUUGGUCAAAUUUAAGGCAGAUUUUGAAGAUGGAGGAUAUGGGCAGGAAAAAUUGCUCUUGCAAAUGCCAUACCGCCAAUUUUGACGACGUCAAAUACAAUGAUCUCAAUGAAUACAAAACCGCGGACGCUGGGUCCCAAACAUUAAGCACAGGGGACAUCGUUAUUACGAGAAUCCACUUCAGAGAGGAAGACAAAGUCAAUGAGAGAACUCUCGACGCCUCCCCUCUGAGCAAGAGGUUGAUAGGUAUCAAUAACAUGUCUUGAUGACGCUCAGACUACAAUUCUGUUUCCAUUUUUCUGAGUGCCACAGUUUAAUUUCGUUACUAUGUCUGAUGUGAUCAAUUAUGUUUUAUAUAGUUUUUAAGUUGAGAAGUCUAGCUAGAAUCCAUAAGUGGGUUUACGGCCUAGUUUACCGGGUACACGUUAGCGGUGUAUUUGUUCAAGAUUGAAUUAAUUAUGGCAGUGAGGACAUGCAUUAAUCGAGUGUAUUGUAAAACGCCCACUCCGUGCCGUCUGCUCAUUUGAGCGGAGACUCGCGUGUAGAUGUGUACAUUCGAAUAAAUGCAACGGUAAAUCGCAUAAUACGGCUACUUAAUUCCUUAAUAUGGAAUUGUCAGUAUCUGCUGUAUAUUUUACUUUAUACUUAUAGUUAUUUAUUUGGCUAUUGCCGAAACAUCCGAACUUGUAUGUGAUAGAUUUAUAACCUUGAUUUUGUCUCGAUCUUUUUUUUGCAUUGUAAAUAAGAUAACAUAAACAUGAGAUAGGUAGUUUACUGAAAUCACAAUGAUCGAGUAGGUAUCUUUAUGGCGACGUGACGUUGUCGAUAGUUUUAGCUACUAUCUCGAAAUCUAUAUCAAAAAUGGCAAUAAUAGUUUUACAAUAAACGUUUUUAUUGUUCAAAUAUUUAACUAAUGUUUAGAUGUAGGUGCAUUAGUGUUUAUUAUUAUUAUUAUUACAUAGGUUUAAUAUCAAUGAGAUAUACCUACUGAUAGAGGCGGUGCUUGGAAAAUAACUUAUUGUAGAUUAAUCAUGUUAAAUGAACUAACUACGAUUUAACGUUUUUGUACAAUAGUAAAGGUUUUUAAAAUAAUUUUGUGCCUUCGAGUCAUAUCCGACGGAUGCCUUCGUAAAAUAAUAUGUCUACUAAUUAUUUGGACGUGUAGCUUUUAUACGUAUUUAGAAAUAUACACAUUCUUUAGAUGAAAUUUAUUUAUGAGAAUAUUUGUUGUGGUGUAGUGGGUAUACAAACAUUUUAAAAAUAUGAUGUAGCAUAAAAAUGGCUAUAAACCUAAAUAAAGCUGCAUCAAUCGAUGAGUACCUACUUAGGUGAUUUCUAAGGAUGUUGAAUACUUUCGAAUAGUUUAUUUUUGUUUUAAAUAUACAUGUUAAAUACGUUACAAAUAAGUGAUAUGUUAUAUUACGCUUCAUUUACUAGUUGCUUAUAUUUAUUAGCUUCAAUAUCUUUGUAUGUAUUAACUCGUCAGUAUUGCCUUAACCCAAGUUUUACUUCCAUUUUUUUGUAGAUAAGUUAUUAUAUUGUAUCAAUGAACUUAUUAUAUCGGCGUCCAUAGAUAAUCGAUGAACUUUUUUUUGUUGUCGUUCUACUUGUGCCUAAAUAUUGCACAAUUUUGAUGAAUUUUUUUUGCACUUUGUAUUUUGCAAAAUAAUAUCGCAGUGCCACUUGAACUUUUUAAUUUAUAAGAAGCAUUUUUAGUCACAAUAAGAUGAAUAACUGUUUGUUAUUACUUAUUGAUCUAAUGUUAACAAAAGUUACAUUAUUAUUGUCAAAAGCCUAGAUUUUCGGCAACUGAAAUGUAGCAAAUUAUCCCUUUAUUAAUUUGCACAUUGUUUAAGUUUAUUAUAAAUAAAAGAAGUUAUAAAACUA